UUGUUCUCGUAGCUAGUCGGCGGCACAUAGCCUCUCAAAGGCGAAACAGGAUAUGCCACACUUCACCUACAUCUAAUCUUGCCGCCCGAUGCUUUCCUAAUUUAUCAUCUGGAUACACUUCGAAUUCACUGCUUCCGAGGUUUGGAAGCCUGAAUUGCUCUAUCUGCUAACCUCGUACUCUUUUCCAGGUUCGCAACCUCGACUCGAAUAUGCCUUUCAUUGGGCAUACACCGGAAUCACUCCUCCCUCGCUCAGACUCGAAGAAUCCUGCUACAACAUGCAAGGGUAUCACCUCCAGCGGAAGACCGUGUAGACGUAGCAUCAGCACCGCGAAAGCUUCUCGGAACAAUGGUGUUUUGGCCGUCGUAUCAGUAGCUGGAGAUCGUGGUGAAGGGGAGACUGGAGCUGCUGCGUUUUUCUGCUGGCAACACAAGAAUCAGGCAGAGCGGCUGGCAGCUACUAAUGAGGCGACUCCUCAGCAGCACAGCACGCAGCUGUACACAUUGCAAGAGCGGAGUAGCAUUGAUACCUUAGUGGCGCGGUUAGGUGUCCUUGAAGUUGAAGAACCCACACAGCAGAGGAGGAAGGAGAGGCGGUCAGGAGGGCGAUCAGAAGGUCAGAAUGCUGCAGGAAGACCUUCUCGUAGAAUAGAUCGGCCACCGACGUGGGAACAAGUUCAGGGGCCUCUCAUGUCGGUCCCAAGUGACGUUAUGGCUGAGAAGAAGCGGGCGUCACAGAGACCAGAAGGCGGCAGAUCACCACAGCGGACCAAGAAGCCUUCAUUUUGGGAGUCGUUAUGUUGUAUAGGCUCUACAGGUGAUGACUACGUUGAAGUAGUGAGGCAUAAGAAGAGAAUACAACCUCAGGCCCCUCCAGCGACGAUCCAAUAUGUUUCGGAAACCCCAAUGCCACUCAAUCUUGAAACCACUCACCAAGGGCAAUCAGGCAGACCAAAUAGCUCUUCGCUUGGCCGGCCACCUUCAUUGACGCCUAUGAGCAGCAUCCCAGCCCGAAAGCCGCUGGGAGAGAAGCCUGCCAGGCCAAUAAACAGAGUCUCACCACGACCUUCACAGACUUCGAAUCUUCUUGCACAUAUUCCGAAGAGCGUCGCUCCUCAAACAGCAUCGCUCCUGCUCGCAGAGCUCUCGAAACCAAUAUCGCAACACGACGACGAGGGUUACAUAUAUAUAUUCUGGCUUACAUCGGAAUCGGCAGGUCCACCACCGUCGUCAACCGCAUCCUCCCUGCUUGCCCCUCCAUCACGGCUAGAGCAGGGCCGGCGAACGUCGGACGUUCUUCGACAGUAUUCCGUACGCUCCCCUCAGAGACCAGACGCCCUUCGAACACGAUCCGAUCAACCAACCAAUUCGAAUUCCGAGAAGAAAACUAUCCUUCUCAAGAUCGGUCGAGCUUCAAACGUCCACCGGAGAAUGAAUGAAUGGACGCGGCAAUGCGGAUACAGCCUUUCCCUCGUUCGCUGGUAUCCCUAUGUGUCAUCUACUCCAUCUCCCUCACCAUCUCCUCAUGGAUCACCAGCACAAUCUCGGCGACCAUCAUACAAGAAUGAGAGGCCUGCUGAACUAACUCGACGCGUGUUAGAAGGUGUUCGUAAAGUACCACAUGCGCAUCGCGUUGAACGCUUGAUCCACAUUGAGCUAGGCGACCAACGCGUUAAGAAGAACUGCGAGACUUGUGGGAAGGAGCAUCGAGAGUGGUUUGAGGUCGAUGCGACUCGAGAGGGUGUUAAGGCUGUUGAUGAAGUUGUAAAGAGAUGGGUGAACUGGGCUGAGAAGACAGAGAAACAAUGAGAAAUGAAUGGGUUGAUCACUUAAUGGCAUACACAU